UUCUCGGCAUGACGUCCUUUUCUAAUAUGGCAAACUUAAAAUAUGCAGAUGACCAGACAAGAACGGCAGCACGGCCUGCUGCCUUUCAUAUUUACUUGUUCUCUUAUACAAAAUUCUGGUACUUAUCUCUCAUCUGGGUAUCAAGAAAUAUAUCAGCUGGGAUUAUUUACUUUAUGAGCUUUUUUCUCCCCCAGCCCACCAUGGGCGCUUUCUUUCUUUCUUCUGCCGUUAUCAUUCUUCUCAUAGCCAUCUUCAUUUCAACCCCUUUUGUUCUAGCUCUGGUUGGAGCAUUAACUAUGGUUCUGAUAAUAUUUACAGCUUCAUUCUUAUUCCUUCAUGUAACAGAAUUGAUCUCGAAGGACAAACGGCCUCCCGUUGCUGGUCUAGUGUUACAUAUGCUGGUGCGCUUUAAUAGACUUUUUGAUUACCUAACAUCCCUUGCCAAGAAGCACAGCACUUACCGACUGAUCAUGCCCUUUCAUAGCGAGAUUUAUACUGCUGAUCCAGUUAAUAUCGAAUAUAUACUAAGAACCAACUUCCCUAAUUAUGGAAGGGGUGCCCAUACCGAGAUAAUGAGGGAUCUCUUUGGUGAUGGUAUCUUUGCAGUAGAUGGAGAGAAAUGGCGCCAUCAACGGAAGCUUGCAAGCUAUGAAUUUUCAACCAAAGUUUUAAGAGAAUAUAGUACUUCUGUAUUUCAGGAUAAUGCUGCAAAAUUGGUUUCAAAAGUUUCCCUUAUGGCAGUAGCUAAUCAUGCUAUGAAUUUGCAGGAUAUUUUUAUGAAAUCAACUUUAGAUUCAAUUUUCAAGGUGGGAUUUGGAGUUGACUUGAAUGCAUUAUCUGGCUCUGAUGAGUUUGGAAACCGAUUCACCAAGGCUUUUGACGACUCCAAUGUUAUCGUAUAUUGGAGAUAUGUUGAUUUGUUUUGGAAAGUUAAAAGGUUCCUUAAUAUAGGAUUGGAAGCUGCUCUUAAAAGAAAUGUCAAAAUCAUUGACGAGUUCAUUUUUGAAUUGAUUCAGUGCAAGAGAGAGCAGAUGAAAAAGGAAAAGCUUGUGAGAGAGAAGGAAGAUAUAUUGUCAAGGUUUUUGAUGGAGAGCGAGAGGGAUCCUGAAAACAUGACUGAUCAAUAUUUGAGAGAUAUAAUUCUGAACUUCAUGAUAGCUGGCAAAGAUUCAUUAGCAAACACACUCACUUGGUUCUUUUACAUGCUUUGCAAACAUCCUCUUGUUCAGGGGAAAGUUGUUCAGGAAGUCAAAGAAGCAACUCAAGCUAAGGAUUACAUGUGUGCAGAUGAAUUUUCAAGGUUGUUGACAGAGGAAGCUCUAGAACAAAUGCAGUAUCUUCACGCGGCACUAACUGAAACUCUUCGACUGUAUCCAGCUGUUCCUGUGGAUGGAAAGAAUGCAGCAGAGAAUGAUGUUCUUCCUGAUGGUUUUAAAGUGAAGAAAGGAGAUGGGGUAAGUUACAUGGCUUAUGCCAUGGGAAGAAUGACAUAUGUUUGGGGAGAGGAUGCUGAUGAAUAUCGCCCUGAAAGAUGGCUUGAUAAUGGCAAUUUUCGACCAGAUAGUCCUUUCAAGUUCACCGCAUUUCAGGCAGGGCCUCGCAUCUGCCUGGGGAAGGAAUUUGCGUACAGGCAAAUGAAAAUAUUGGCUGCUGUUCUCCUCCAUUUCUUCCAAUUCAGGCUCGUGGACGAGACCAAGGAGGCUACAUAUCGAACUAUGUUCACCCUUCACAUGGCUGAAGGGCUCUAUGUAUAUGCAUUUCCCAGGGCGUAACGUAACUGUGAACUGAAAAACGUUUGGUUGGCAAUUUUUCGUGGCUUUUCUUUGCCAAGUAUACCUCCUUUAUUAUUAUUAUUUUUUUCUGAAUUACUUUUCCAAUUAUACUUUUGUUUUGCAGUAAACCAUCUAAGCUUCAUAUGUAAGAAUAUUUCAAUAAACUUUUGUACAUUGCUAAAAAAAAAAAAAACUGAAACAUUAAAUAUUUCACAUGGAGACAGGUGACCUUAUGGACUAUGGUUAGAUAUUUUAUUAAAUAGAUCAAUCGUCUUAUUGAAGAAAUUACAAGACUUGCAAAAUAUUCACAUGGAACUGAAAAAUUUAUUGCAUUUAUAACAACUAAGCUUUGCUGGUCGACGUCACUUUGGUUUAAAGCUAUUAGUAUUAGGCUAUAGGUCACAUCUACGGUCAUAACCCAUCCUUUCCCUAUCCCUAUCAAAGC